AGAUUGAAACAAAUCUUUACUAUUAUUUACGUGCGGAUAACUACGUUACAAACAGUCAGUUUUGCAUGUUUGCCUUCAGACUGCCGUUAACAGGAUAUUUUCUGCUUAACAGCACAGAAAUUACAUUUACAAGUCUAGCUGAAAUCAUGUGUUAAGGAAGAACUAGGCAGGAAAAUUAGAUAGACCAAUCAGAAUAAAAAUUCUACCAACCAAUCACAAUUCAGCAAAAAUGGCCAAUCGUGUAUUGCCUUACAUUCCAAAUCAGGCAACUCUGUUGCAUCUAUGAUUUGUCCUGGUGAGGAAAGAGUAAUUCAACAAUUAAUUCAAGCUACCUUUCUCUCUCCGGGAGAUGGCUCUUGAGAGCAAGUUCCCGUCAUCAACACAUCUGAUCCUGACCUGCCAUGCCAAACCCCUGCAUAGAUAGAAAAAAAAAGGCUGCAAUAUAGAAUUAUGCAGGACUCUAUACAACGCACGGAGCUACCGAGCUGCAAAUGCUUUUGUUAUGCUUUAUAAAAGUAACCAGAUGUUUGUAGAGGACAGACAAUAGGAGAUUGGUCUGUAUUCCAUUGUAACAAGGAGGAGAUCAGACCCAUCUGCAUUUCUCUCUCACACACACAGUUACAAGUGGCUCUGGAGCUUGAAGACUGAAUCUGCUUCUGUCGGUGCUGCAGGCGCAGUGAAUGCUAUGUUCUCGGAAUACUAAAAUACCAGUUUCUGUUAUUUUUAUCAUUUUUUUGGCUUAUAUGCAUCCAUUGUAACUAGUGUGGCUGAAGAAAAUAAGAUGCAUUGCACAGGAGAUCCAGACGUGAUCUGUAGCACUGAUGAGUAUGUACAAGUGGGAAAAAGCAGAGACCAUUAUUUCAUCGAGGUCAAGCUCGUUCUGGAGGGGUGGUCAAUAUUAAUGUUUUAGGACCUUAGGAAACAUUGAAUGAAGAUGGAAGAAUAACCAAACCGUUUGGAAAAAAAAUCAAGGAGUCCCAGUGUUUGUGAAAAGUUGACAGUAUUUUGGUGGCGAGAAGAAGUGACUCGUAUAUCCUUACGAAAGGAUCUUAAUUGUCUGUCGGCUUUCUCUAAGAGGAAUGCGUGAUCUGCAGCUUUCGACUAUAGAAAGGCGCAUUACGUGAGCGUCGACAUUGGCGGUAUCCAUAGUAAAAGUUUAUGCAAAAAACAAGCUUUUGGUCGAUGUGAUAUUAUUUUGCCUGAUUAGUUCACAAGGAUUCUGUUGGUAAACAAUAGCCAUGGCUGCUGCUAUAGCCAGCUCGCUCAUUAGACAGAAAAGACAAGCCCGGGAAAGGGAGAAGUCUAAUGCAUGUAAAUGUGUUAACAGCCCCAGCAAAAGCAAAGGAAACUGCGAGAAAAACAAACUCAACGUCUUUUCUCGGGUCAAACUAUUUGGCUCUAAAAAAAGGAGAAGAAGACGUCCAGAACCUCAACUCAAAGGUAUAGUGACUAAAUUAUACAGCAGGCAAGGGUACCACUUGCAGCUACAAGCAGAUGGCACAAUCGAUGGAACAAAGGAGGAGGAAAGCACUUACACGUUGUUUAACCUCAUACCAGUUGGUUUACGAGUGGUGGCAAUUCAAGGUGUUCAAACUAAAUUAUACAUGGCAAUGAACAGCGAAGGAUACUUAUACACCUCAGAACAUUUCACACCUGAAUGCAAAUUCAAAGAAUCUGUGUUUGAAAACUACUAUGUGACAUAUUCUUCAAUGAUAUACAGACAGCAAUCUGGAAGGAGCUGGUUUCUGGGUCUCAACAAAGAAGGAGAGGUUAUGAAAGGAAACCACGUGAAGAAGAACAAACCCGCAGCUCACUUUCUGCCAAAACCAUUAAAAGUUGCUAUGUACAAGGAACCUUCCCUUCAUGAUCUCACAGAGUUUUCCAGAUCUGGAAGCGGCACUCCUACAAAAAGCAGAAGUGCUUCAGGAAUACUAAAUGGGGGCAAAUCUAUGAGCCAGAACGAGUCUACGUAGCCAGGUGCAGGUCAUACCUACGGCAAUGACAUAUACAGUAAUGGAACUUUACCUCUGGAUGCUGUUGACUUCUUCUAGCAGUUUUACAUCCAAAUAUUCAAUUUAUUCAGGACAAGCGCUGAACUUGGGUAGCUCACUCAGUCAUUAGAUCUCUGUUUUUUUCAGUGGAUCCCAUUAAUUUAGAAUGUGCUUUUUGCAUCUCAGAAGGCACCUGGAUAGCCAGCAAAAAUAUACAAUGGAAUAAAGCAUGGAGGGGACAUGCCCUGCUCUCUGUUUAUAUCACCUAUGCUUUGUGGAUAGCAAAAACAUUUCACUGAACUCAAAGCAGAUAUGAAUUUGCUCUCCAACCAAGAUUAAAAGACCACUUUUACUCUUUAAAAGAAAAUUGUACUGCUUAUAUGUUUUAUAGGGGCAAGCAUACAAAAUGCAAAAUCUGUUUGUUUUAUUGGCUUAAAGUUUUAUAUAUAAGCUUGAUUACAUGUACAAUUAUUUAAAAGGUGCAACACUUUGAUUUUCAACAAAUACAGCUUUCUGUACUCUGCAGGGUCUUUAAAUGCUGAGGCUGAAUGCUGACAUCAUAUUCAAACCGAAAUGACAUUUUAGCUUCAAGUAAACAGUGUUCCUGUGAUUUAAACAUGUUAGAAUAUCGAUAUAUGUAUAUAUAUAUAUAUAUAUAUAUAUAUAUAUAUAUAUAUUAGUCUCUGUUAAAGGUACAGUGGUAACCCCUAAUCUAUAGAUGCAUAAUUAUAUACAAUAGAACAAACCAUUAAAGGAAACCAGUAUCCACCAAUGUAGUUUUUCUCUUAAUUCCAUUUUUGUGUAUCAUGUUAAAUGUUGUGGCUUCUUUUCUAAAGGAGAAAAAUAAACUGUGGAAUUGAGGUGAUCAUUUUUAUAAAACUGUCUUCUUUGUAAAAGUCUUUUUUCCAAUGUAUGAUGUAUGUGGUCAUUGUAGACAAGGAGCCAUGCAAACCGCCAUUGUCUAAGCGACAAACACCUAUACCUGCUAUUUAAUCAAAGUGUUGAAGGUUUAGUUUUUCCAUUUAGAUCAUUCAUAUUCAUUGCAUGGGUGAAAGUGGGAAAUUGGAUUAAAGGUGCAUGAUUUGUUUGGUUUUCUGCAUUAAGCAAUGUUGGAUUCUGUACUCCAUGAUAUACAGUAGGGAGAAAUGUUUUCAUGUCUUGUACAAAUGUUUAUUUGUUGUAUACACACAAAUGCACUGAAUAAACAAUUUAUAGUUGCAUAUUUUUUUAAAUAUAUAUUCUUUUGAUUUGAUAGACAACAUUGGUUUUUAUUUUAUCACUAAACACAAGUACAAUAUUUUAGAAUUAACGCAGGCUAUGCAUUAUUUCUGUUUACAUGUUAAAUAAUUUAUUACAAGUUUAAUUUUAUCAUAUGCAUUUAUUGUUAUUUUUUCUCAAUAGGACCCUGUUUAUGUUGAAGCAGAUGUGCACUUGUAAAAUAAAUAUGUUCCUUCCUCUAAA